UGAAACUAUGGAUUAUAUUAUAAAAACUAUUCUAAUUGUGAUAAUUUCCGAAUAUAACACCGUCUGCGCUAAUGCAGCGGGGUGCGACAAAAACGUUUUCUUCAAAGAGUCCGUUCAAAACAAGGCAUUCGUCAACCAUACCUAUAAAACCCACAAAAYCAUKGAUGYUGCUUUCUGCCAAGCSCUCUGCUUYAUGGAYGCCGAUMAGUGCUACUCCUGCACCUAUGACAGCAAGAAUUUUUUGUGCAAUCUCAGUAGCUCAAACCACGUCCUGAAACCAGAGCACCUGGUGGACUCACCAAAUGCAGUCUAUUCAAGUGUAGAGAUUCCUUGUAAAUGUACUGCCAAGAAUAGCAUUUGUAAAUACAUCCCAUCCGUAAAACAAUAUCGUUGUUUYUGCCCACUUGGAUUUGGUGGCACCGACUGCGCAAAAGAUUUGCAGCUUGUAGCUGUUUAUCCAAUGAACACACAAUACMAAGCAAGACCUGUACAGACGAACAUGCCCGAAGGAGUACUUUCGAACGUCGUCUGCUCUGAACCCGCUGACUCCCGACCUGGAGGCUCCUGUACUUUCAAAGGUCGAAAAGAUAGCUACAUUGAGAUCCCAAACAAAAAAUCUGGAAAAUUGGACCUCAAACGGAGCAUGACCAUCGCCGCUUAUGURUACCCCUUCCAAAGAGGUCCCAUUUUCCAAUACAAUUCCGAGAGAUAUGGCGCCCAUUUAUGGAUAACUGGAGGUCUCAAMCUAGCGGUACGUCUUGUUACACGAGAAAUGAAAGAAAAAAGUCUUUAUCAGACAGCUAUUCCUCGAGCAAAAUGGUCAUUCGUUGGCRUAACCUAUGCACAUUCUAAGGGGAUUAACAGCUUGUGGAUUGAUGGAGUCCAAAGAACGACAAAUGACGUGGGAAAAUUUGAUCUUGCUACACAAUUUAAUGUAAGGAUGGGAGCCGUUGAAAUCGAUAACAGUUUUUUUAAAGGUCAAAUUGCUUGUGUACAAAUCUACAAGAAGGCUUUAGACAAGGAGGAAUUUGAAGAAGCUAAGCAUCUUUGUGACCAAUAUCAGUAAUUGAAAUACUGAUGGCAAUGUGAACUGUUGGAUCCAUCUAAGGAAGGUCGUGGACACACGCUGUAGUAGUUGAUAUUAUCUUCAUACAUCUGAGAACCUAUAAGGAAACACAAUAUACUUUUCUAGAAUUUAUGUAUUUUUGCGUGCUUGCGGGAUUUUUUUUCUCAGAUGCAAUUGCCCUAUUUCAUUAUGACGUCACAGUAUGUUUACAUCGGAAAACGAUGCUCAAAAACAGUGGAAAUUUGGACCCAUUUAUAUUGUGUCCUAAAGUAGAACUUAAAUGAAUCGUGCUUUGAUAUAUAUCAUGUAUAAAUAAUUUUUAAUGUACAUUUUAUUUGAUAUGCAAUCACUCUGAUUCCUUCUGGCGACCAUAAUCCUUAGCGUUAAAACAAUAGAAUGUUUUGAUGUGACGUCAUAAUGAACUAGGGUAGCCAUUACCAGGGUAUAUUUGUAAGCGAAAAGAUCACUCGAAUUCAGCAUCUCAAGCGUGUGACUAUGAAGAUACUGCAGAAACUUCGCAAACAAGAGCACGCAUAGUCUCUUUUACAARUCGCAACUUUUGGUCUCGUCAAAUUUCCUCCCCGAAAGUAACGGCUGUUUACCUAGACGCAACAUUCCUUUCCCUUUGGUUGACGAGACCGGAAGUCGCGGCUGUUAAAAGAGAUUAGAGCACACAUUAAGCACUUAAAUCACUAAUUAAUUUUAAGGACACUUAUAUGUCUUUUAUCUACAAAAACCUUUAAGGGAGAAAAAAGGCCUGCAUGUAGUAUGGUAAUUAUCCAUCACCGCAGACGAUUCAUGUUAGUGACGCACUUUUAUUGACAAAAAAAAUCACGUGAUCACUGUUUUUCUAUUAUAAAACUCCGUUCAUUUGCGUUUAUAUAUAAAUUUGAUCGUUUUCUCUUGCAUAAGCGCAUCGGCUUUUCCUAUCGAAGUGCUUCCACGUUUGUCUGAAAUUUAUGAAACAAACAGUUUCAAAAGCAAUAUGACUUUGGUGAAUCUAAAUAUCGCAACCCUUCUUUUUCGCUUCUCUGCCAAGGUGUCAUAUAGCAUUUUCAUCAAAAAAUGAUCUAGUUUCCAAGCUUUUUGGCAAUCUGUUCAAUUUCUGGUAACGUCUUUCCUUUCGUCGUUUCCUUUUCUUUCGCCCACCUGCACAUGAAUGGCAAUCACUAUCACCAACACACCAAACCAUCGCGCGACGACACUAGCGAAAAACGCAUUGCGCAUGUCCACAGCUUUUCCGCCAGUGAGCGCACGCGUCUUGAAUUCUGCCAAAUUUUCUUUGUAAACAGAGCAACUGGUGAUUUUUGUGGAAGUUUUUUACUAUUUAUAAGCUCGUUAACCGAUAUAUAAGAUUCAUAUU